AUGAGUGAUAGUAAUCAUUAUAAAAAAAAAGAAAUUAUCUGGUUACCAGAAUUUAAUGAGGAAAAGAAAACAAGAAGAAGAACAGAAUUUAACGCUCUACAGAAAAGGUCUGUUACAGUUUUUCGAUAUGAUGCCGCCGAAGUAACGUCCGUCCCUCUGCCUGAUACACCAUUGUCACCGCCAAGACAAUUAUCGUCACCAAUACCAACUUUUUCCAAAGAUGACCCUGGACUCUGGCCAAAAGUUUUCAAUUCUACUGUGAUCCAGUAUUUAAUAGAAAAUCCGAUUAAACAAAUCAAACUGUAUAAUUUUCCGCGUGACUCUUCGGGGCGAAAAUUUUCCGAGUAUUAUUAUGAAAGGCAUUUAGGAAACGGUGAAAAGUAUCACAGAGAGUGGCUGCUGUAUUCAGUGUCCAAAAAUGCCGUUUAUUGCUUCUGUUGCAAGCUAUUUGAAUCAAAACAUAACAAUAAAUUCUGCGAGGGAAUUAGUGAUUGGCAACAUCUCGCUUUGUAUUGCAGCCGACAUGAGAAAAGUUCUGCUCAUUUCAAUAAUUAUAAAAAAUGGACAGAUUUAUGUCACGCUCUUAAAAAUAAAAACACUAUUGAUAGUAUUCAACAAAAACUUUUAGAGGUUGAAAAACAGCGCUGGUACGAUGUAAUCAAAAGAAUAAUAUAUGUGGUCCAAUUUCUAAGUUCACAAAAUAUGGCUUUUCGUGGCCAAAGCCGAAAAUUAUACGACCGUAACAAUGGUAAUUUUUUAAAAUGUAUUGAACUGUUAGGAAAAUUCGAUCUUUCAAUGACUGAACAUAUACGACGCGUAACUAAUGAUUCGGAUUUCAAAAAUAUGCCGACUUAUCUUGGAGAUAAGAUCCAAAAUGAAAUAAUUUACAUACUAGGUAACAAAAUUCAACAUUUUAUUUUAAAUUUAUGUCAAAUUAAUAAAUAUUUUUCAAUAAUACUUGAUUGUACACCUGACGUUUCACACGUAGAGCAAAUUAGUAUUAUAAUAAGAUUUGUCUAUUUUAACACAGAAAAUAGAAAGUUGGAAAUAAGCGAGCAUUUCCUAGCUUUCUGUCCAAUUAUCGAUACAACUGGCGCUGGAUUAACGUCAUUUAUAGUAGAAAAACUAGCCGAAAUUAAUUUAGACAUAAACAACUUAAGGGGACAGGGCUAUGAUAAUGGAUCAAAUAUGCGCGGUAAGAAUAAUGGUCUUCAAAAAAGAUUGCUGGAUCUAAAUCCCCGCGCUUUCUAUGUACCGUGCGCUAGCCAUAGUUUAAAUUUAAUAGUAAACGACGCUGCCAAUCUCAAUUAUCAUACGACUGGAUUUUUUAGUAUUGUACAAGAAUUAUACAAAUAUUUUUCGUCCUCUACCAAAAGAUGGGAUAUAUUAAAAAAAUAUGUCUUAAAUCUGACCUUAAAACCAUUGUCUGAAACAAGAUGGUCAAGCAGAAUAGAUGCUAUCAAACCGCUGUUUACAAAUUUACCAGAAAUUUAUGAUGCCUUAUAUGAAAUAUCAAAUGGUAUAUCAUAUGAUCAGAAGGCAAAAUAUGACGCUAAAUGUCUAGCAGAAAAAAUAUGCUCCUUUUCAUUCAUUUGUUCACUAAAUAUAUGGCAUAUGAUUUUGACAAAAGUAAAUUUUGUGAGCAAAAUUCUGCAGUCCAUCGAUAUGAAUAUGCAAGUUGCUUUAGAUGCUUUAACGGAAUUGAAGAAGUUUUUGAUAAAAAUUAGAACCGACGCAAAUUUUGAGGAAAUUGUAAAUGAUGCCAUGAAAAUUGCCGAAAAAUUAAAUGUCGAGGCUGAAUUUGAAACUUCCAGAUCCAGACCCCUAAGACGUCGUAAGACUCCAAAGAGUUUUGAUUAUGAACACGAAGAUCAUACUAUAAAUGAUCUGAAGACCGCUUUUAAAAUUAAUGUAUUUUUCUAUAUAUUGGAUCAAGCUUUAUCCUCCGUAGAUGAAAGAUUUAAUUUAUUAAAUAAUCAAAAUGACGUGUUUAAUUUUUUAUUCAAACUAAGUGAUGACCAAGACCAAGCUAGAUUAAGAAGUAGCUGUCAUCAUUUGCAAAAAAAACUUUCUGCGAAUGAUUCAUUGGAUAUUAACGCCGAUGAUUUGUAUGAAGAAAUUGUGUCGUGUCAGUCUCUUUUCAAAAAAUUAAAUAAUGAUGUGGUGAAAAUUCUCGAAUUUAUAUAUUUAAACAAUUUGACAGCUGUUUGCCCUAACAUCACCAUAGCAUUAAGAAUUUUGCUAACUAUGCCAGUUACCGUAGCAAGCGCGGAAAGGUCCUUUUCUAAAUUAAAACUUAUAAAAAAUUACCUGCGGUCAACAAUGAGCCAGGAAAGACUAACAAAUUUAGCAACAAUAUCCAUAGAGGAGGCCAUAUUAGACCAAAUAGACAUACACGAGAUUAUUAAGGAUUUCACAAACAGAAAAGCGAGAAGAGUGGAAAUAAUAUAA